AGCACAGUGGCUGUGAGCCAUCCUUUUCCACUGCGGUAGCUGUAAUUAACUAAGCAUGCUUCCAGGAGCUCCGUGUGUGUGUUCUCGGGUUAUUUCAUGAGGAUUCAGCAUCCUCCGGGUGCAGCAGCAGCAGCCCUCCCCCUCCGCAGCUUCUCCAGCAGAAUGCCCGACGUUCAAACGGAAGCAGACGCUACCAUUUUGAAACGCAGCACCGCUAAGCGCUAUGGACAAGAGCCACACCGUGAAGCUUUUUGUGGGAAACCUGGCUCUGGACACCACCCAGGAAGAGCUGUCAGCCAUUUUUGAACCGUAUGGCCAGGUUGUCAGCUGCAGCGUGCUGCGGCAGUUCGCCUUUGUUCACCUGCAGGGCGAGGGGGCGGCCGAUCGAGCCGUUCGGGAGCUCAAUGGGAGAGAGUUUCGAGGACGGAAUCUGGUGGUGGAGGAGUCGAGGGGGAGGCCGUUGCACUCCACAAAAGUGUUUGUGGGUAACCUGAGUGGGAUGUGCACCACUGAAGACCUUAAGCAGCUGUUCCAGACAUUCGGGAAAGUCCUUGAGUGUGACAAAGUCAAAGGCUAUGCCUUCGUUCACAUGGAAAACAAGGAAGACGCUCUUCAGGCCAUUGAGGCUUUGCACGGUACUUCGUUUAAGGGCCGGCCGCUGUCUGUAGAGCUAUCCAAGGUCCAACCCAGCAAGCAGACACCCACUGGGAAAAUCCCAUGUGUUAACUGCGGGAAGCAGGGCCAUUAUGCUGGAGAAUGUCCUGUGGGCAAGCCGUCUUUAGAGCAGUACCAGAGCCAGGCAGCAGUCCUGGCCGCUGCCGCCGCCGCAGCAGCCGGCCUGCCUCUGCAAGUUCAACAGAGCGUGCACAAUUCAGUCUACAACACGUCCACCUUUGACCCCACGUAUGCAGCCCUCACGGGAAUCACCACUGGCACACGUACUGAUGGAAACCCGGUGAAUCCGGCUGUAUACGGCGCCCUUGCCAGCCAGGUAUAUGGUGCUAAUGUGGCCAACCAGCUCUAUGGGACCGUGGCAAGCCAGGCAACUCUUACAUCAGGCGCCACACAGGUGUACAGCUCUAUGACGCCCAAUAUCUAUGGCCAGGUGGCUGCAUCUCCAGCCGCUGCAGCAGCCGCCGCAGCAGCGGCUGCCGCUUACACAACUCCAGUUUACACCCCGACUGUAGCCAACCACCCUGUGUACCUGGCAGCAGGUCCUGGAAUAGAGAUGCCAGCAGCAGCAGCUACAGUGAACCCUGCUUACUCUGUAGCUCCUGCGAUUUAUGGUGCUGCCACCCCAGCCUACGCUCACAUCACCGCCAUGGGAGCAGCAGAUCCAGCCUCAGCCCUGUUUGAGGCUGCAAGGCAGGCGCACUACUUUGCCCAAGGCCAGCAGGUUGUGGCUGAUCAGCAGACAGCUGCUGUGGCAGCCGCUGUGGCCAAGUCAGGAGAGAGAGACCGUAGUCCCUUACGCAGGUCGGCACCGCUUCUGCCCGACCCGGUGAUGAAGCCAUUCAUAUACCAGCGGGCCAAGCCACGCAGACCCUUGCUUCCGACACCAGCUGGCCGUGCAGCAGAAGAGGCGGUAGAGGCACCGGAAGACCCGAUGGCCAGGUACUACGCCGAGUACUACCAGCAGUUGCAGCAGUACCCUCAGUUCCAGUAUGCCUACCCAUCGAACACAGUGGCAGCCAUUGCUGGCAUGCCUGGAGUCACGGGAGUCCCCGCGAUGUCUGCCCAGCCAGUCGCUACGCUGGAAGCCCUCAGGCCAGUGGUCCCCGCUGCUGCCGCAGUGGCAGCUGCCAUGGCUGCGCCCAGGGUGUAUGAGCCGCCGUUGCCGCCGCCUACGCGCAAGGAGGCCAUCCUCCACCGCCCCGAACUCUCCCUUCACACGCCUGAGCCCCCCUUCCGAUAGUUGCACUCAACUGUCUGCCCCCGCCCCCUCUCCCUCUUUGCCCUGAUCCCUCACCCCUACAUACCUUUUCCACUCAAAACUUGACCACCUCCGUGUGUAUGUGAGUGUGUGUGUGUUUGUGUGCCUGGGGACUGGCUGGGGGAUUUAAGACUGAGGGCUGAUGGGCUUAAUAACUUGCUUUACGACGGGGCUGAUCGGCUAACCUUGGUCCAGUUUGCAUGACCACAGUGCAGCUUUGAAGACAGGCCUUCAUCUAUUUUUAUGGGCAUUCUGUGUGCUUUUCUGUUUUAACUUAUCGUGCCAGUCUCACACUUGUGCCAGUAUUAGACUGACUGAGUCAGUCGUUUGUUUUGCCUUCAUUUCUGCAACCCAGUUAAGAUUUUCUAGGGCCAAAUCUCCAGUAAUUUGCAUCAGCCAUUCUACUUAGGCCUAGAUGAUCAGGUAGGGCAGCUAAUUUGAAACCUUUUUUGCCUUAUGUUGAUGAGUAUCAAUUUGCAAUGUUCUUAGAUGAAAUGUACACUUGUUGUGUACCAGCUGCAUUGUACUGUGUCCAACAGAACCAAGGUUAAAGUAUUUUGGGGAGACUGUUUGUCCUGGAUGCGAUAUGGAUGUUGUACGUGUGAUUGCGUGAGACGUUCGGGCUCUUGAUUUUUCCAGCGCACAAACGCAGCGGCAGCAGCUAAGACUGCGCUUUGCAGAGAAAAAAAACAAAACAAAACAAUAAACGUAAAGCACACAUAGACGUACUGUAAUGUUUAUUCGUAUCUAUCCUCGCCCCCCCUCCUCUGAAUCUCAUCCUCACCUUUAAACCACGACACUGAAAGACACUGCUUCACCUUUUUCUCUUCCUAACUACAGCUGCCUACCUCUUAUUGUAAAUUUCAUUGUAGAUUGUACUCUGUUCUGUACGUCUCCACACAUUUCACCCUAUCAGUAAUUGCAGCUCCAUGUAAAGCUGCAUCAGUUCAAAGUCUGGGUAGCUGGAUUUUGUUGAGUUUUUUUUUUAUUUUAUUUUUUUAAUCUAUUGUAUUUGGUCCUCUUUCAUGUUCAGAGGCCUUUUUAAAACACAGAGAAAAGUGUAAAUAGUUUGUUUCCAACAUUAUAGUUUACAUGUGAUAUAAGUCAACCUUUGGGAUGUGAUGAGUUUUCAAUGGGGAAAAAACAAUGCGUAACUACUGAACAAGUUUACAGAAGAUCUUUGGAUUGCAUCCUUUUAGAAACCAUUAUAUGUGACAAGGUCAGUCAUGUGCCUCAAACCUUUAGUGAAGUGCAUUAAGUGGAGGGAUCUCCCAUUUUAAGUGCUUUUUAAAAAAAAAUAAUUUCAACUAAAGCAACAGGAGCCUCAAAGCUCAGAAUCCAGAGGGCUACAAGUGGGAAAGCUUCCAGGCCUCCUAAUGGGUCUGUUUAUUGCAAACGUUUUUUUUUUUUUGUUUUUUUUUUUAAAAGCCACAAAGUGAGCCUCAGAGGUUCAUUAUAUAAGCGUUUGGUUUUAAGCAGAAACAGCAGUGAUAGCACCAACAAAGUGAGAGAUGGGGCAGUGUCUUCCAGUGGCCCCAAAAUAUCCGCCAUUUCUCCAUCAAACGCCGGAUCUGCUUCAGAUUCUGAUUCCAAAAAGCAUAUUUGGGUAUGUUUUUAGUUCACUUGUCAUCUGCAGUUCCUUGCAAAAAAAAAAAGCAUUUCUACCUUUUGCAAUGUUGUCACUUUACAACCGUGAGUGUUGAUGUAUUAACCGGAAAUGAGCUGAUAAAUCUCAGCACGUAAUUGUGAAGUAGAACGAAGAGACUGAUUGGCUUUAAAAUCUUUAUCCACAGAUGCUCAGUUAAAUGUUGGUCGGGUCAGUGUAAGACAUGAAUAAUCUCUGAUCUGGUGUUCUAGGGUUGCCCUGUAUUUAGCUCCAUUCAUCCUUCUGUCAACGUUAAUUAGCUUCCCUGUCUUGACUGGAGCAAAGCAUGGCCACAGCAUGAUGCUGACACCACCAUGUUACACUGUAAGAAUGGUGUGUUCAGGGUGAUGUACGUUCGUUUAGUAUUUUCCCCAUCCACAGCAUUUUGCAUAAAGGCCAAAAUCUGACAUUUUGGUCUCGUAUGAACGGAGCACCUUCCUCCUCGUGUUUGCUGUGUUCCUUGCAUGGCUUCUUACAGAACUGCAAACUGGACGCAUUAUGGCUUUCUUUUUGACCUUCUUCCCUAUAGAACAGAUUUGUCUAAUAGUUGUUUUAUCGACAGAUUUUCCCACCCGAGCUGUGGCUCUCUGCAGCUCCUCCGCAAAAACCAAUGAGCCUCUUGGCUGCUUGCUGAUCGGUGCUCUCCUUGUCCGGCCGUUUAGUGUCUAUGCUGGGAUUAAAUCAAACCGUAGUUUACUGAUGACCAGACUUCUGCGCUGGAUUUUAUGAAGAGUUACAAAAGAGAAUGUGGUUGAAUAUAGCGGUGUCCUGAUUCUAUAUUAUCUACCAAAAAUCCUUCGCCCAAACCCAUUGGUUAAUAAUAAAUGGGUCAGUUGUUCUUAUAUCUGACUAUUGUUCUCGGAGUAAUACCACUUGAUCAAAGCUUUUCUAACAUUCCACACCAACGUAUGUUUGAUUCGUGCUGAUAUCGUAUCGUGUCAGUACCCGUAUCAGUCAGUACUCAAAGCUGCAAUAUCGGUAUCGUGUUGGAAGUAAAAAAAAUAAAAAAAACUUUAGCGGGACACCUCUGGUUGAUUACAAAUGUUCACAUUUUUAUUUUUACACAAAUCCUAUCCUUCCACUUUACAAAUUAUUGCGUUGAUCUAUCACAGAAAACCCCAAUAAAUUACACUGAAGUUAGUGGUUGAAAGUGACAAAAUGUGAAAAUGUUUUAGUGGCACGCUGUAUGUUUGCAAGGCACUGUAGAGAGGGUUUAUGAAUUAUUUGGAUACCGAUUUAUUUUAUUUUUGGUUUUUUCUGUUUUCUAAAUCUGGAAUUGGAUUUCUUGAUGCGUUUCACAUUGAUGCCAAAGUCCAGAGUGGCGACUUCCAUCCAUUUACAAUCAGUCACUUGUUUUGCAGCUAGUAUUUGACAGCAGACCAAUGCACAAACAGAAAAGACCUUCUGAAAUCACCCGGCUGCCUCAUUGUUUCCCGCUUCCCCUCUCCUUCUGUGGUUUUUAGUGGUUAGAAGUGACUUUUGCAUCUCAGACUGUAAUCUUUCCGUGUCGUAUAUACAAACACAUACCGAUUGCAUCCUUUGUAGAAUUAUGUGGUUUGCAAAAUGUUUUGUUUGCCAUGUAUUUUUUAGAACGGUAUUUUUUAAUUUAGCCUUUUUUUUAUAUAUAUAUAUAUAGAACAGUGGGAAAUAAAAUCAGCAUGCCUUUUAUUGAGAAAAUGUAUACUUUAAACCUUAUACUGAUAAUAAAGAAUGUUUGGCUGACUACUGUGGUGACGGAAAGCAAAGGGUUUGGAUAUUUCGCCUUCUUCCUGUUUAUGUUCCUCUCCAUUAUCUGUCUCUCUUGUGUAAAAAUGACCACCAGACUCAUUUGACUGGGGACCCAGGGGGAGGCAGGUGUAGAUGCUGGCCCAGCUAUGCUCACUUUGGUCAGGGUAAGUCCGGGUAGGAGCUCCUUCCUCUCUCCAGCCCGUCAAAUGAGAAUAUCCCAAAUUUAGAGUGCUGAGAGCGAUGAGUAAAAUUAAUUUCCAUGAGGAAGAUUGCACUGUACACAGUGAAGCUGCUGUGAGGGCUGGGGAGAGGCUCACAGAUAGAAUGGCCUGGGUGCAUUUUGAUCUGUGGAGCAGUCCCUUUCUUUGGGGUUCAAUGGGUGUACGUCUGGUCUGGUCCAAGUCUGGUCUCUCUCCUUGCUGCACCAAAUUCUCCCUUUUCCGUGUGUCUCUGUGUUCACUAUGCUCUCAGACCUGCAUGUGUGAUCAUUUGUAACUGUGCCGCAAGAGAAAAAAAAAAAAAAACAGCCCGACUCGACAGUCCAGCUCUGAACUAACUAUCUCAACUGAAUUAGGUCACCGUGCUACCUGGAACACCCUGUGUGCUGCCUCGCGUGAGCCGUGGGGACGACUUUUAGCGCGACGCCACCGCAGUGGAAACUUGUUGUCUCUCUUUCUCUUCACCACCAAGGUAAAUCAACUAAAUGCAAAAGAAAGAAAUCAUGACAGCACUGACAUCUCUUCUCCUAAUUGCCCCAUCCCCCUCCUCACUUUCCUCUGACUGUGGCUUGACACAACACUCCUACCCCUCUUCCUUCCCUCCGCCAUUACCACCUCCCCUUCUUUUCUCCCCUCCCCCGAGUCCGUAAUCUCUCUUCUACUGCAUCGGCAGUGUUUGUACCUGUAGCCUGGGUCUUCUCCUCACUGGGAGUGAUGGGCCGGCUGGGGUGGGGCAGGGUUAAGACCCCUUCUUAGGAGUGAUCCUGUCCUGCAUCAGCAUAUUGAGGUGCCCUUUGUUCGAUUGAGGUGCCCUUUGUUCGGUUGUUGUGAGAGCUGGUGAACAAUAAGUGCGGCGUGUCAGGGUGUGCUUGAGUGUGAGUGUGGGUGCUAAAAAAACGGGAUACCUUUUGGGCGCCAUUUCAUUGGUCAGUGAGGCUUGGCGUAAGUGGACACACCCCAAACCCUUCCCCUUGCCAGCUAAUCAACUCCUGUCCACCGCCGUAUUCGCCGCCCUCAACCCUCUUCACUCUUCCUUCCUCCUUCCCCUCUCCCUCCUUCACCCCUGCCCUGCUCUCCCUCUUUGCGCAUCUCCUCACCUCGCCGCCGUCCACGCACACAGCGCUUUUUGUUUCUUUACCCGCCGGCACCGCCGCCACCUUGGAUUUGGGUUCCAUCGCUCUGGCUUGGACUCAACUUCCCAGAACCACCGACCUGACCCAAAACACCUCCCUCCCCACCAUCCACCUUUGUUACCAUAGACGCCCUGGCGUGCCAAAAAGGACAAUGUAUCUGUGGCGGCCCUCCUUUGGACUUUGUCCUGUGACACACAGAGAGACUUCAGAGCUGGAGGAAUUGCUUUGCUGCAACUGUUGAAUGUUGGUUGUCCAUAACAUGGCUCUGGCAGGGGAUGUGAAGGCAACGUGUAAUGUAAAGCAACUUGAAACAGAAGAUUGACACUUGUCAGUCAGAAACGUCCUAUAGGAAAGGCGCACAGGCCAGACUGACCUGUAGAUUCUCAUCAAUCUCAGGGUUCCUAUAGGACUUUUCUGUCACACAUCGUCUUAGUAGCUUGUAUGUGUACUUACUUACUUUUAGGGAGGUCGAUCUCUGGACAAGGUUUCAGUUAACUUGUCUCUCAUUUUCCCUAAGAGUUUCUGGAUGGGAGUGAUGCUCCCUUUAUGCCUAAUGAGCAAGAAAGCACAAAAUAUUUGAAAAUUUGAUGGGUUGAUUAUGAGGUGAGUUCUUGGUUUAGUUUUGAAGGUGUGGAUCAUAUACAACAAUAAGAGGGUUAAAAAUCAAUUUUCGUACACAGGCCAGUUUUAUUGUAAUAAACCAGAGUAGGGCCUCCAUCCCAACCUCCUCUCUCCCCACUGGCGCCUCCAUACCUCCUUCUUCACUCUCCUAGCUCCCCACUAAAGGCUUCUUCUGGUGCUUGUGAGUCUGGGUCUUCAAACAUGCUUGGGUAAAUGCAGUUCUGCAUCUCUAGAAAAGGAAAGAAAAAAGAAAACCCUGCUUGUAAAUCAGUUGCACUGCAUCGCCCGCCAAAGCUCACUGCAGCCCCCGCCAACCUACUCCCACACCCAGACCCCAACCCCCCGUCCACCUCUUUGUCUGUUGUUGUUUUAGCUAAAGAAAAGUGCAUGUGCAUAUUACACACGUGUCAGUUCGUUAUUUUGAGUGGGAUCCUGAAGCUCAUGUCUGUCCUCCUGCAGGGGAUAGUACGGUAUAUGGGAAAUCCAGCUAAGUGCAAACUGGUACAAGUUUUUUGUUUUUUUCAAGCCAGUCCUAUGAAGGGCCAAAAGUGCCACAAUCUAGUAAAUGUUAUAUUAUGAAAUAAAUACAUUUAAUAAGCAAAUAAUGUGUUCCAUGUACGACUUAAAUAUUUACUAUUGUACUACUAUUUUUAUAUUAAAUAUUUAUUUUUAGAUAUUAAAGUUAAAAUUAUACAGAUUAAAUUUAGUAAUUUUUCACAGCUCCAAUCCUUCAUUAAUACUCUCACUAGGACCAUGAACUCUAAUUGGUUAAUCUGCAAAUGAGACUGUUGUUCAGACCAAUCACCUUUAACUAGAGAAGUGUUAGCCCCGCCCUCUGACCAAUGAUUAAACUUAUUCAUGAUGUGCUGUGCAACUUCAGUAUUAAUUCCAGUAUUUCCAAUUUGAAUACUUUAUUAUACAUUCUUUUAACUAAUUAAUUUGAAUAUGGCACUUUUGUCCCUUCAUAGACCCCAGUCUGCUAUUAAACCUUUUUUUUUUUUUUUUAUUGAUGUGACUUUUUAAGCACAAAUUUGAGCGGGAAAGGACUGAUGUACAUAACAGCAGUGGCAAACCUCAGACAUUUUUAAUUUUUAACUUUUUUUUUCAUCUAGAGAGGGCAAACUUGACAGGAAGCGGUGUAGUUUUUACACACUAUAGCUGCAAGUAUUUAAAUUUUUUGGUGUUGUUCAAUGAACAAUUAAAAGCAAAUAACUGAAAAGUCCAGCGAGUUUUACACAAGUUAUUUUAUGAUCGAGUCUCAACAUGUUUACAUCGGUCAGAUCACUCGUUCCAACCGUUCCCAGCCUCACGAGAGGAGCAGUAAUGUAAGCACUGAGCUUCCUGAAGUAGGUUAAUGGACCAAGCUUACUGUAGUUACAUCAGAUGUUUGAUUAAUUACUUUCUAAAUCACUCUAGAUUCCAAAGACGUAAAGGGUGACUUAGUAACUUGCUAUCUCAAGAGGGUAGGAAUGUGGAUAUGCUCAUUUCAAAGCAAUUAGCAUUAGCACAGAACCGAAUGUUAGGGGAUUUCAAUUCCCAAAUCUUAGAUCAGAAAUUUGCAUCAACGUGUUUACUGUGAAUGACAAAUCCGGAUAUAGAUACAAGUUAUAUUGUAUGGUUGUGUGUUCAUAUAUAUGCCUUUUAAAGUGUAUUUCUGAAAAAUGUCUUCUUCUUUUUGUUUGUUUUUGCAUGGAAUUUAUGAAUAAACUUUUUUUUUCUCA